UUGCUCUACUGUGAUAUUUUUUGCCUAGAUCAUUGUGAAGAUGUCUCCACAACAAGACAACAAGACCAUGAGGAGAGAUCAGAGGGGGAAUAUGUGCUGCCGUCAAAAAAACUAAAGGAGAAACAUGUUAAUGUUAUCCAGCAGCUUGAGCAAACUAUAGAAGAUCUCAGGACUAAAAUUGCUGAGUUGGAACGUCAGCCCCCUCUUCUGGAGGAGAAGGGUAUAACAACCAUCACCUCCACCACCGACAGAGAAUGUGGAGGAAAUGAGAGCCUAUUGAGGUCUCUCUGUGAUGCUCAUCUGCAAACAGAGGCAGGGGCCUCUGUGGGAUGCCAAGAGGUCAAGUCAGUGCAGACCUCACCAAUGGAUGAUAGUUUUAGGUUCAACAUGCUCUGUAGAGGGCUGGAUGGAGGCUUUCUGCAGCCAUCAUCCAAUCAUGAUUGUUCAUGUCAACUAGAGCCUUGUACUUCACCUCUUCUGCAUCAAGGAGAAACUGUAAUUCUUCACUCAUGCCUGAAUUUGGUCCCACCUCCUCCUCCUCCACCUUUACCAGGAUUUCCAGACCCUCCUCCACCUUUACCAGGAUUUCCAGACCCUCCUCCACCUCUCCCAGGACUUUCAGCUCUCCCUCCUCCUCCUUUCCAUGGACUUCCAGGCCCCCCUCCUCCCGUACCUCCUUCUCCUUUACCAGGAUUUCCAGGGCCUCCCCCUCCACCACCGCCUCCUCCUUUACCAGGAUUUCCAGGGCCUCCCCCUCCACCACCGCCUCCUCCUUUACCAGGAUUUCCAGGGCCUCCCCCUCCACCACCGCCUCCUCCUUUACCAGGACAUUCAGGCCCUCCACAUCCACCUCCUCCUCCAGGAUCUGGGCCCCCUCCUCCACCACCAGGAGCAACUGGCAUUCCAAGUCUUCCAGCAGGAAUGGGUUCAUUGCCCCCUCCAUUGCCACUGGGUCUGUAUUCUCUGUCUUUAACUCAGGAUAAACCAGCCAGAAAAGCUGCAGUGGAGCCACCUCGGCCAAUGAAGCCCCUUUAUUGGACCAGGAUCCAGCUACACACAAAAAGGGACAUUCCUUCUUCACUUGUGUGGGAGUCGGUUGAGGAACCUGAUGUGGACUUUGACGAGUUUGUGGCACUGUUUUCGAAAACAGCAGUUAAAGAAAAAAAGCAGCCACUCUCUGACACCAUAACAAAAUCCAAGGCAAAACAGGUUGUAAAGCUGCUGAACAACAAGCGCUCUCAGGCUGUUGGGAUUCUCAUGUCUUCCUUGCACCUCGACAUGAAAGAUAUACAGCAUGCCGUCUUGAACUUGGACAACAAUGUAGUGGACACAGAGACCCUGCAAGCACUUUAUGAAAAUAGAGCACAACAGGAGGAACUGGACAAAAUCGAAAAGCACAUAAAGUCCUCUAAAGACAAAGAGAAUGCUAAGCCUCUGGAUAAACCUGAACAAUUUCUCUACCAGCUCUCCCUGAUACCAGACUUCUCCAGCAGAGUUUUCUGCAUUCUCUUUCAGUCCAGCUUCUGUGAGUGUAUGUCAUCAAUCACAAGGAAAAUUAACACACUGCAAAGGGUAUGCAAGACUCUGCAGGACAAUGUUUCAGUGAAGAAGAUUCUAGGCUUGGUUCUGGCAUUUGGUAAUUUCAUGAAUGGUGGGAAUCGAACAAGAGGUCAAGCUGAUGGCUUCACUCUUGAGAUUUUGCCAAAACUCAAAGAUGUCAAGAGCAAUGAUGGUGCUAAAAGUCUUCUGUCAUACAUUGUAGCCUACUUCCUCAGACACUUUGAUGAGGAUGCUGGGAAGGAGACGUCUGUGUUUCCUCUUCCUGAGCCCCAUGACCUGUUCCAAGUUUCACAGAUGAAAUUUGAAGAUUUUCAGAAGGACUUCAUUCGACUCCGGAAGGACCUCAGAGCAUGUACAUCGGAAGUGGAAAAAGUUUGCAAGGUGUCUGAUGAGGAUAACUUGCAGCCUUUCAAAGAGAAGAUGGAUGGGUUUCUUACACAAGCUAAAAGUGAACUAGAGAUCCUGGAUGCUCAACUCAGCAGCACUCACAAACUGUUCUUAGAGCUGACGGUGUUCUAUUCAGUGAAGCCCAAAGCAGGAGAAAAGGAGGUUUCCCCCAACACCUUAUUUUCCAUCUGGCAUGAAUUCUCCUCCGAUUUCAAGGACCAAUGGAAAAAAGAGAACAAAACUAUUCUCAAGGAAAGGUAGGAUACUACCUGCCACUCCUUC